UUUGAGUAGAAGGUUUUAGGGUUUUAGUCCAUCCCUAAAACCUCUUUUGCUCUCGACAUUCAUCUUCUAAAUCGACACACAUGAAAUCCACUUUCCUUUCUUGAAAAACCAUUAAUGUAUAUAUGGAGAUUAAAGAUAUUACCUUAAUUGUAUUUGUCAUAUAUAAUUAACGUGUAUAUAUAUACAAACUUCUUAAUCGUCUUUUCAAUCUCGUCUAGGGUUUUCUCAGUUUUAUUUAUCGUCGCCGAUUCUUAUCUGCCUGUUCUUGAGUCGCCAGGAAAGCUCUUUGAUCAUCGCCAAUUUUUUGCAGUUUCAUUAAUUAUUAACCAAACAACUCACAAUGAUCCAACACCCUGUUCUUGGAGGCAACAAUGGUGGAGGUGAAGUCAACGCAAACCCACAAAAGUCAACACCUAUAUUACCCCCUAUAAACAGAGGAACCACUCACAUAUUCUACAAAACUCGAAUAUGUCAGAAGUUUCUAGAAGGAAACUGUAGAAAUGGUGACAGCUGUACUUUUGCUCAUGGCUCUAAAGAUUUACGUGAACCCCCACCUAAUUGGCCAGAUCUUGUGAAAGAUAACCGAGGGCAAAAUUGGAAUGAUGACCAAAGAAUCAUACACCAAAUGAGGAUAUGUCAUAAGUUUGUUAACACAGGUGAAUGCCCUUAUGGAGAAAAAUGUAAUUUCCUCCAUGAAAAUCCUGCAAAAUUCAAGGCUCAAACGGAAAGAACAAGAGAUAGUUCUGUGAUUAAGAUUCAGACAUUGGUUGACCGUGGUCAACCCAAUGGAAGUCAACAACGGUUGCAUAAUAAUAUUAAUAACAUGAAUGCUAUUAAAGUUAGUAGUUUGAGUAGUGAUCCUAAUGCUACAUUUUGGAAAACUCGAAUUUGUAGCAAAUGGGAAACAACAGAGCAAUGUGUAUUUGGGGAUAAAUGUCAUUUUGCUCAUGGGAUUUCAGAAUUAAACACACCGGUUGCACGUGUGGAGGUUCAAGGUUCCAUUGCCGCCAGUUCGGCUGAACUGCCGCCUAGUAAUUCUGCCAUGGCUGGUCCUUUAGAACAAGGUGAAGGACGGGGGUUUGCAAAGUUGAGAUUAUCAAAUAAGAAGAUCAACCGAAUUUAUGGAGAUUGGAUUGAUGAUGAAGAAGAUGAGCAAGAUUAUUAACUAUGAGCCUGAAGACCAAAAAUCUAGUUAUCUUUUUUUAUACAUGAUGAUUGAUCUUUUAUGGUGCUUUGUUUAAUUAAGAUGAAAAGCUAUUUUCUGUCAAAUAUAUGGGAUUUGAUGAUUCUUUUCUCCCAAAGGGAUGAAACUCUUAUACAUGUC